UCUCUACGUCAAAGGUGGCUCAGUGUGUUUCUGUUUCAGCACGGAAUCAUCCCAUAAUCCUCUCUCCCUCAUUCUCUCUCUCUCUCUAUCUGUGCUGCUCUAUUUACUCACAAACACUCACAUACACAUUACCACAGAGAGCUUCUCGAGUCCAGACCUUCUCUCUUCCAUCUCAGCCUCAGCUCCAUACACAGCAUCCAGGAUGGAUGUACUAAUGAAGGGAUUUUCCAUGGCCAAAGAGGGAGUGGUGGCUGCCGCAGAAAAGACCAAAGCUGGCGUUGAAGAGGCGGCUCUCAAGACCAAAGAAGGUGUCUUGUAUGUAGGUAAUAAGACAAAGGAGGGAGUUGUAUCAGGUGUAAGCACAGUGACAAACAGGACUACAGGGCAGGCGAACAUAGUUGGAGACGCAGCAGUGGCAGGUGCUAAUGAUUUGGGACAGAAGACUGUGGAAGGAGUGGAGAACGUGGCUGCAUCAACCGGCUUGGUGAAUCCAGAUGAACCUGUAUAUGAGGCGGACUUCUCCCAGGGUGGAAUGGAGGGUGGAGAUGGUGGCCAGGGUUAUUAAACCUGAAGUCAGAAACAACACCCGUUCUCUUCCUCUGCCCCGUCAGUUUCCUCACGCCUGUCCUCUCAUCCCAGCAACACUUCACACACAUCUCCCAGGGUUGUUUUUUUUUUUUUUUUGUGACAAUAUGGAAAACCAAAACCGAACACAUCUUUCCCGAGCUCCUGUUUGCUCCGUGUAAUGCUCUCGUUCCCUCAAAGCUCCAGUGUUGGUGUCGUCAUGCUGUUUUCCUGGUAUUGUCACCCCUCGACUCUGUUACGAAUUUCAUACACGAGCAAUGUCACGUUAAACGGCAAAUACGACGAGGAGCUCAUGCUUGGCUAUGUGUAGUUGUGCGAAAACUAUUGUGGUGCGUUUUGACUCCCGAAAUGUGAUUUAACCUUCAUCUAGGCAGUCUAAUUCAACAAACAACACAAUUUAUAGUACCAUAUCUUUCUUAUGAGCAGUUUAAACAAGUAAGAUCAGUGAUGUGAACCUGUAGAAUUACGAUGUGAGUGAAGGAUGGUUGAUGUGUUGCAAGGCAUUUUCAAGACAUCCAUUAGAGCAUGUAAUAAUCAAUGUUGCGUCCUUGUAAUUGAUGAAUGUCAUAUUUGGAGUUGUUUUGAUGCUGUAUGAGGUGUGUACACUCAGAUACAUUACAUUCCUUAGCUCAGACUGAGUGACAGAAUCGAUGUGUGCUUGAUCACAAAUAGUAGAUUUAUUAUAUAGAGAAUUCUGUAAAGAAAUAAAUGGAUAUUUAUCCACAUUUCAAUACUAUGCUAUUUUGAUUAGAAUUUAUGUAGCACUGGCAGAGUUGCGUCUAUUCUUUUUGCUUGUCUUUGUACAUUUGUGAAAAGGCCAAAAUUCAAGAAGCAAAUAUUGUCAUGUAUUAAAAAGAAGGAGUGUUUGGGGGAAAAAAUGAUACAAGCUGGAGAGAAUAUAUAUAUAUAUAUAUAUAUAUAUAUAUAUAUAUAUAUAUAUAUAUAUAUAUAUAUAUAUAUAUAUAUAUAUAUAUAAACAACAUUUCAUUCUGUUUGUUUUUAUUUUCCUGCAGCGCAUGUUGUGAAUUCGGUGUGCCAGCAUAGCAGAGAUUUCUAACGCCUGUGACGUGAAGCAAUAGUUUCUCCCACUGCAGAGUUUGUCCCUGGUUUGUUCUGUAGCAGUCUGCAGUGAUGAUGUUUUAGCACUGUGUUUUAUUAACUGAAUGCCGAGAUGUGUCGAUAAAAUGAUGAUCCAUCGCUGUUUACACCCUCUCCAGCUCAAAACCCCUUAGACAUUGUGUCUCAGCUCAGUCUAUGUACGCUUAUGUUGGCUUUUAGCAGGGAAAAUGUGUCGAGUGUGUAUUUUUUGUUCGAAGCCAUUGGAACGUGAAGACUGCAUGUUGCCUUAUCAGCACUCUAAUCAUCACACAUGUGCAAACAAAUUCUGAUGUUUUUUCCUCAUGCUCAUUUCCUAAGAUACACAAAUUCACAUAUAGACACGCAUGUACACAUACACACACACACACACACACAAAUACAAACAGCCAGACACACAUAUACACAUACACAUACACACACACACACACACAUGCUCUCUCUCUCUCUCUCUCUCUCAUUCCCAAUUAAGUUGGCAUUGAAGCAGAAAAGCUGAUUUUAUAGAGAGUAUAAAUGAAAUUAAAAACUGAAAUAAAGUUUUGUUGAAAUCUA